GCCAAAAUGCUGCCCGCAAUCCUCCUCCUCGCAUCCAUCGGCACCACAUCCGCCAUCCCGCAAGAAACCCGCACCAUAACCGCCAACCCCGCCAGCCCAACCGACGAACCAUCCUACACGCGCAGCGACGACUUCCAAGCCGCCAUGCUGACGACCCACAACCGCUUCCGAUCGCAGCAUUCCGCCCCGGACCUCGAGUGGAACGACACGCUGGCCGACUCGUCCGCCUCGCACCUCGACGAGGUCGCCACCCCGUCCCGCUGCGAGCUUGCGCACUCGGGCGGGCCCUACGGCGAGAACCUGGCCCUGGGGUACGCCGACGCGGCGGUGGGCGUGGUGGCGUGGGGCGACGAGCGGCGCCGCUACGACUUUGGCAGCGGCGAGUUCGACGACCGCACCGGCCACUUUACGCAGAUGGUGUGGAGGGACACGAGCGACGUGGGCUGCGGGAGGAAGCUGUGCGGCGGCGGGGACGACGGCGGCGCGAGGUGGUUCCUCGUCUGCCAGUACUGGCCCCGGGGCAACAUUGUGGGUUCCUUCACGGAGAUGGUGCAGAGGCCGAGGGAGGGGGUCGAUAUGGGGAACGCGGCUGGGGCGGUUGGGCCUGGGGGAUGGUGGGUGGGGCCUUUGGUGGUUGCGGGGUUGCUGCUGUAG